GGUCAAAACAGGGCACGCAUGCUAAACAUGGAGGAGGAUGAAGAGGAUGACUACAUGUCUGAUUUAUUUAUUAAGCAGGAUGUAAGGCCAGGCUUGCCCAUGGUGAGGCGGAUGAAGGAAGCUAUUCAGAAAGAAGAAAAGCAAAAAGAAGCCAAUGAGAAGAACAGACAAAAGAGUAUAAAAGAAGAAGAAAAAGAGAGACGUGACUUGGUAUUGAAAAGUGCAUUGGGCAGUGAGAACAAAGGCUUUGCUUUGCUCCAGAAGAUGGGCUACAAGAGUGGCCAGGCCCUUGGCAAAAGCGGAGAAGGCAUUGUUGAACCUAUUCCUCUGAACAUAAAAACAGGCAGAAGUGGGCUUGGUCAUGAGGAAUUAAAAAAGCGAAAAGCUGAAGAAAAACUGGAAAACUAUAGGCAAAAACUCCAUAUGAAAAAACAAGCAAAUGAACAAGCUGCAGAUCAGUUCAGAAUAAGAUUCAAAAACAAACAAGAAGAACGUAAGAUGGAAGGAGACCUCCGAAAAAGCCAGAGGGCCUGCCAGCAAUUAGAUGCACAAAAAGGUAUUGAUGUUCCCAAGGAGACUUGGUAUUGGCUAGAACCUGAAGAGGAAGACAAAAAUGAUGAGGAAGACAAGGAAGAAAAAUGUACAAGCUCAGACUUAAGUGUAUCAGAAAAGCUACACUUCCUGACUGCCUACUUGAGGGAACAACACUUUUAUUGCAUUUGGUGUGGAACAACCUAUGAAGAUUCUGAAGAUUUAUCUUCAAACUGCCCUGGAGACAGUGCUGCAGAUCAUGACUAA